UUUUUUUUUUAAAUAAUAAAAAUCUAACCAUAUCUUUUUCAGUUUCACAAAAUCUAGGCCAUACCUACGUCGCGUUUUUUUUCCCCGAUAAUCAUGCAGUUAUAUUCCGAUAUUAUCAGCAACUGCCACGUGUACUUACCGUUGCCUUGCCCUGUGUUUGUCUUAAACCGACCUUAAUCCUCAAGCCACAUAACUUCUUGCCUUGCCUGGAUGUGUCUCAAUUCUUUCCAAGAAGUCUUACAGGCUCUAUAAUGUCGUGGUCGCUUCCCCUCCUCUGCUUUAGCCCUUAAAAUACCCACAAGAAACGUAGUAGACGGAAAGCAAAAAAAAAAAAAAACCCAAGAUUAUAUCUCCUUUUCCUUUAAAGAUUUAGGGUUCAUCAAAGUACCAGGAAAAUGCCUUUUAACUUUUCUGUUUCAGUUGGUUUCUUGGUCUUGAGUCUUUAAGCCUUUCAACACUAUGUUGGAGUCAAUAUCUCGUUGCCAUAGUUCCAAGGGUUGUGAUUUUGUUAAAAAAAAGAGCUUGGGUGGCGCUUACUCUCAAGCUAUAUCAUGGUUUUCUGGGCAUUCUUCCAAUUUGCCAUAUGUCAAUAACAUGCUCUUCUAUUCUCGACCACUAUUAGUAAAAGUCAGAAUGAAUAAUUGUACUCUUGUUUUAAAGAACACAUUUGGUGGCACACCUUUUCUACAUUCACCACCAUCUAAUAAGAGAGGAGUCCAUUUGUCCAACAAGAGACUGGUUCACUGGGGAACGUCACGGAUUUAUGCAGCAGUUGAUGUUGCUAGUGCUGUUGAUGUCAUCAAUGACUUAGGAUUGGAUACUUUGACAUUCUUGGCUGUGACUGUCAUGGUUGUUCCUGUAUUCAAGAUCAUUAGAGCAAGCCCUAUACUUGGCUUCUUCUUUGCUGGGGUUGUACUGAAUCAAUUUGCAUUGAUUAGAAAUCUUACAGAUGUCAAAAUCCUGUCUGAAUGGGGGAUACUUUUUCUGCUGUUUGAAAUGGGUUUAGAACUUUCACUUGCACGCCUAAAAGCUCUUGCAAAAUUUGCCUUUGGCAUGGGAUUGACUCAGGUUUUCUUGUCCACCCUUGCUUUCUCAGCAUUUGAACUUCCACCUAAUGGGGCUAUUGGAACCAGAAUUCUAGAGUUCCUAUUUCACUCUAGGCCUGACCUGGUUAAUAUCAGAAGCAUUGAUGAAGCCAUAGUGAUUGGUGCUGCAUUAUCACUAUCUUCUUCAGCUUUUGUUCUACAGCUUCUUGCAGAGAAGGGUGAGCUGCCAACAAGAUUUGGCUCUGCAACUCUGGGGAUACUUCUUUUACAGGACAUAGCCGUUGUCCCUCUCUUAGUCAUACUUCCAGUGCUCGAGAGCCAGAAUCCAAUAGAGGAAAGUAUUUGGCCAAUGCUAGCUCAAGAGAGUUUGAAGGCACUAGGUGGGCUUGGUCUGCUUUCUCUUGGAGGAAAAUACAUUCUUAGGCGAGUUUUUGAGGUUGUUGCUGAAACAAGGAGCUCAGAGGCCUUUGUUGCUCUCUGCUUGCUAACAGUUGCAGGGACUUCCCUUCUUACCCAACAGUUGGGCUUCAGUGAUACGCUUGGAGCAUUUCUGGCUGGAGCAUUAUUGGCAGAAACAAAUUUCCGGACACAGAUUGAAGCUGAUAUACGGCCAUUUAGAGGCUUACUUCUUGGUUUAUUUUUUGUGACUACUGGAACUUCGAUUGACAUGCAGCUUCUUUACCGAGAGUGGCCAAAUGUGCUUGCACUCUUGGCUGGUUUGAUUGUCAUCAAGACAUUGAUCAUUACAGCAAUAGGUCCUCGUGUGGGACUAACCUUGCAGGAAAGUGUAAGAGUAGGAUUUCUUCUAUCGCAAGGAGGCGAGUUUGCCUUUGUAGUUUUUUCUCUAGCUAACAGGCUAGGAGUGCUACCGCUUGAGCUUAAUAAGCUGCUUAUUAUUGUUGUGGUACUGUCAAUGGCAUUAACCCCACUGCUUAAUGAAGUUGGAAGAAGGGCCACCAAUUUCAUUGAUGACAAAUUUGAAACAGAUAAAGAUGCUGAGACAGUGAACUUUGAUGCAAGCGAACCUGUUGUUAUCAUUGGCUUUGGGCAAAUGGGCCAGGUACUUGCUAAUUUUUUGUCAACCCCACUCGCUUCUGGAGGAGAUGGUGACAUUAUGGGAUUGCAUUAUGUUGCUUUUGACCUCAAUCCUUCUGUGGUGAAGGCAUCUAGAAAACUUGGUUUCCCAAUUCUCUAUGGGGAUGGGUCACGUCCAGCUGUUCUGCAAUCUGCUGGUAUCUCUUCUCCUAAAGCUGUCAUGAUUAUGUACAGAGGAAAGAAGAGGACAAUUGAAGCUGCUCAAAGGCUUCGGCUUGCGUUCCCUGCAGUCCCAAUCUAUGCAAGGGCUCAAGACCUCAAACAUCUCUUAGAUUUAAAGAAAGCCGGAGCAACAGAUGCUAUCUUGGAGAAUACGGAGACAAGUUUACAACUUGGAUCCAAGCUUUUGAAAGGAUUUGGUGUCAUGUCUGAUGACGUGACAUUUCUCCGUCAGCUUUUUCGAGAUUCCAUGGAGUUGCAAGCUCAAGAAGAAGAACUCAGCAAAACUGACGAUCAGGAAUUUGACAUUAUGAAGCCACUGCAGGCAAGAAUGGCCAAGGCUGAAGCAUCAAUAUCAUCGACCUCAUCUGAAGACAAUUUACCAAGGGAAAGCCAAACAGAUGGAGCUCAAGUCUCCAGGAUUCAAGGGGGUAUAGAUCAGACAAACAAAUUGUCAACCACAUCUAAAGAUGAAUCAUCAAGAAAAAACCUGUCAGAUAGAACUCUAGUCUCCCAUCCUCAACAGGAAGUAGAUCAAGGAAAGCGCGACAGUAUACAUCAUCAGUCUGAGAAUCCAGAGUCCCGAGGUGUAUUAUAUUGUGAACUAGAUACAGAUAAUGGCUUUCCAAUGAAACCAACAGAUGGUGAGGAAGAGAGAAAUACAUUAACCACUACUGAGGAACAUUAGAAGCAUCAAAGCUUUGAAGUUUCUUUCUCGUCUACAGUUUCUUCUCCAUCAAAGCAUUGGCCAGAUCUUCCAUAUUUGAAGGUGUCAGAUGCUCAUAAACAUUAUUGCUGAGUAACAAGGUACUUUUGUUGAAACUAUUGCUGAUCUUAGGCCAGAAACGAUCAAGCUUCAUUUGAGGUUAUCUUCCUAAUCCUUUUGGUUGCUAAAUGUUUCAUACUAGGUUUCUGUUUGUCAAAACCACAUCACCGUAUACAUUUUAUUGAAUAUAAUGCAAAGCCGUAAUGAUUCUUUUUA